AUGUAUUCACUCGUUCAGGGAAGGCUUAAUUACAGUCGGCUCAAAGUAUUGACAUAUAUUCCUCGAAAUCUCUUUCACUAUUCAAAUAGGUUGAACUUACAAUCCCCAUUAGAGGCUUACAACUCCAAAGUGGAAGAAGGAAGGCUAAAUGAUGACCCAUAUCAAAGAAAAAUCAUCACUAAUUUAUCCAAACUACAUGACAAGUUAGCAGAUUAUGUUCCACCAAAAGUAGAAACACCUACUAUAAGUGAUUUGAAGCCAAAGAUAGGUUUACGAAAAAUAAUUGGAUCGUUUUUCAGUAAUUCAAGUAAUAAUAAUUCAUCUAGUCUACCACCUGAGCAUAAUAUGAAAGGUAUAUAUCUUUACGGAGAUGUUGGAUGUGGUAAAACUAUGUUGAUGGACCUAUUCUACGUUACAAUUCCUGAGCAUUUGACCAAAAAAAGACUUCAUUUUCAUCAAUUUAUGCAACAUUUACACAAGAGAUCACAUCUGCUUAAAUUGGAACACAAUCACGAAGAGUUGGAUGUCAUACCCUUAUUGGCUGCAGAGAUUGCUCAGGAAUCAACAAUACUUUGUUUCGAUGAAUUUCAAGUCACAGACGUUGCAGAUGCAAUGUUGUUGAGAAGGUUGAUGAUGUUAUUAUUGAGUCCAGAUUACGGUGUCAUCUUGUUUGCCACCUCUAAUAGAGCACCAGAUGAUUUAUACAUUAAUGGGAUCCAAAGGGUGUCAUUUAUUCCUUGUAUUCAACAGAUAAAGAGACAAACUAGAGUCAUUUAUUUGAAUUCUCCUACAGACUACAGAAAGCUUCCUAGACCCAUUUCUUCUGUAUAUUGUUUUCCAAAACCAGGGGUAAAAUACUUAUCCAAAGUACACCAAGCUAACUGCAAAAAGCAUAUUCAGCAGUGGUAUGAAUACUUCAAUAACGAAAAUGACAAUAAGGAUGUACACACUGAUUUCACAUUACUGGUAUGGGGCAGAAAGUUGAACGUUCCUAAAAGUUCCUUUCCUUAUGUUGCGCAAUAUACUUUUGAAGAAUUAUGUGGGUGUCCAAUGGCCGCAGGUGAUUAUUUAACCUUAGCUAAUUCAUUCCAAUCUUUCAUAAUUUCUGAUAUUCCAUAUUUAAGCAUCGACGUCAGAGAUAAAGUCAGACGGUUCAUUAUAUUUUUAGAUGCCGUAUACGAUGUGCACGGAAGAUUAGCUGUGACCUGUGCUGCACCAUUUAAGGAUUUAUUUGUAGAACCUGAAAAUUUGAUGAAGGACAAUUUCCUGUUGUAUAAGAAGCAACAAGACAUGGGUAAAGAAGAGACUUUCCAGGACGACGAAUUAGUUGUCAAGCAUGGGUUUGACAAGAGCAUUGCAAAGAAGGCUUCUAUGUUUGCAAAUGAUGAAGAAAAAUUUGCUUUUGCCAGAGCUUUAUCGAGACUUUCGCAAAUGAGUACCACUGAUUGGGUUGAUAAUGUUAGAAGUAUUUGA